CUGGGACACAAAGUUAAACCAAUGGAAACAUGUCAGUGGCCUCUUUACUGUAAACUUUUCAUAAUUUUCUUUUUCUGCAAAAUCAUUAAUAAUUUUAAAGGUUUUAAAAAAUAAUUAAAAGUUUGAUUUUGUGAUCCCUGGACAUUUUGUUGCAUCUUUUUUCAAAACCUUUCUUUCCGUUUGAUUUACAGCAAAGUUUUGUGACUCUGGAUAUCCAGAAGAUCAACAACUACACAUUCAAAUACAUGGAGGCCUGCAACAAGCUGGAGAAAGUCCUGCCAAAAAAUUCAGUUGUCACUGUUUUUGGAGAAAAGGUACUAUUACACUGUCAGUUGAUACUGGAUGUUACUUGUACAACUGUACAAUAUGUCACUACAAUUAUGUGGGUUUGUACAAUUAUGUAGGUUUGUACAAUUAUGGGUUUUUUAAAUCUUUAAUUACAGUUAAGCCAGAUGAUCAUUAUUUAAUAAGAUAAAAGUAUCUUUUAGAGACAACACGGUAGUAUAAAUGGUAGACUCCAAUACAAUGCCCUCUUUGUUGCAGUCAGUUUCCUGAAACCCAAAGGCCAUCUAAGUAUUAUUUUAGAGCACAGUGAGGGGUGGCUUUGUUAUCCCCCUUUAUUUAAAACAUAAAAAAAUGUUCUCUUUGUAUUUUCUUUGACUAAUAAGAGAGAAACUGAGCUGUCAUUUAUUUAACACAAAGCUUUUUGGAUGGGGAAAAAAAAACUUUCUUUCAUGUCUGCUUGAACUUGCACAGUCUCACCUACUUACAUGUCAGUUGAACUUGCACAGUCCCAUCUAGUUACAUGUCAUUUGAAGUUGCACAGUCUCACCUAGUUACAUGUCAGUUGAACUUGCACAGUCUCACCUAGUUACAUGUCAGUUGAACUUGCACAGUCUCACCUAUUUACAUGUAAGUUGAACUUGCAAAGUCUCACCUAGUUACAUGUCAGUUGAACUUGCACAUUCUCACUUAGUUACAUGUCUGUUGAAUUUGCACAGUCUCACCUAGUUACAUGUCAGUUGAACUUGCACAGUCUCACCUACUUACAUGUCAGUUGAACUUGAACAGUUUCACCUAUUUACAUGUAAAUUGAACUUGCACAGUCUCACCCACUUACAUGUCAGUUAAACUUUCAUGUCUGCUUGAACUUGCACAGUCUCACAUACUUACAUGUCAGUUGAACUUGCACAGUCUCACCUAGUUACAUGUCAGUUGAACUUGCACAGUCCCAUCUAGUUACAUGUCAUUUGAAGUUGCACAGUCUCACCUAGUUACAUGUCAGUUGAACUUGCACAGUCUCACCUAGUUACAUGACAGUUGAACUUGCACAGUCUUACCUAGUUACAUGUCAGUUGAACUUGCACAGUCUCACCUAUUUACAUGUGAGUUGGACUUGCAAAGUCUCACCUAGUUACAUGUCAGUUGAACUUGCACAUUCUCACCUAGUUGCAAGUCAGUUGAACUGCACAAUCUCACCUAGUUACACAUCAGUUGAACUUUCACAGUCUCACCUAGAUACAUGUUUGGUUGAUUUUGCACAGUGUCACCUUGUUACUUGUCAGGUUGAACUUGCAAAGUCUCACCUUGUUACAUGUCAGUUGAACUUGCACAGUCUCACCUAGUGACAUGUCAGUUGAACUUGCACAGUAUCACCAAGUUACAUGUCAGUUGAACUUGCACAGUCUCACUAAGUUACGUAUCAGUUUAACUUGCACAGUCUCACCUAGUUACAUGUCAGUUGAACUUGCACAGUCUCACCUAGAUACAUGUUUGGUUGAUUUUGCACAGUCUCACCUAGUUACAUGUCAGUUUAUUUUGCACAGUCUCACCUAGAACGUCUGUUGAUUUUGCACAGUCUCACCUAGUUACAUGUCCAGACCUGCCAACCCUUGCGAUUUUGCCUGAAUUAUACAGAGUUUUUACCCCUCAUUCCGACCUUCCAACAAACUCCUUAAAAUUCCGAUUUCUCAAACUUUAUAAUUUUUCAUCCGUCAUAAAAAUUGAAAAGCGAACAAAAAAAAUUAAAUAUCGAAUACGACAGGAAGUGUUGCAUUUGUUUUUACGUAGUGUCUACAAGUCUGGCGACUGGAUGAAUAAGUGAAUAAUUUCUCGAGCUAUUCGCCCGGGCACUAGACAUUUCACCAAAUCACAUGACUAGCAUAACAAAGUUCCGCAAGAUAUUAUGCGAGAGAUAUUUGUCCGUCAAAUUUGUCAUGUGACCGCACAUUUUCAAUCAGAGUUUACAGUACUUCAUUUCAACAGAUUCAAGAUAGUCUGGACAUUUACAUGAAAAAGAAAUCAAUUCUACAAAAGAAAUACUAGAAACAUUGCUGGUAUAUAUUGCAUGAUUAAAAAAGGGACAAUUUUUUUUAUGAAGCGGGACAUGCCUGCCGGAUGAAUAUCUGCCGAGCUAUUUGUCCGGUCGCAUGACGUGUAGACACUGCCUUGUUUUUAUUGAAGCGAACCGCGAUCUUCAAUCAUUCUUCAAUCAUCAAUUGAUCCGAUCGUGAUUCAUCCUUUUACAAGGCUAAAACAUAAUUUAGACUUUUUUGUUGUUAGAGCUUUUCUUAAUUAAAUCGUUACAUCUAUUGAAAGUGGUGGGUACAAUGGUAUUAAUAAACAUAAACAUAUUUUAACCAAAAAAAACAUACAACUGCAGCUGAAAGUAAAAAUAAUCCAUGUCUAAUAAAUAGUUUUUUGCUAAGGAAUCCGAUCGUUUUAAUGCCAGAGUCAAAGAAAUGUUUCCAGACUGGAAGAUUGCUAGAAGAUUGUGAAGAAAAAUUACAAUGAAACAAGGGCAAGCAUGAAAGUUGAUACUCUCUCUAACUUUCACAUAAAAUCAAUUGCAAUGCUAACCUUCAGUUGUCCAACCAAAGAGCUGUUGGACAAGUGCAAAAAGAGAUAUGCUGGAAAACUGAACUCUAAGCAGCCUGUGUACAUAUGUAAAUAAAAUGGAUAUUUUGUUCUGUACUGUAUAUAAACAUUUCCAGAAAUGUUUUUCUUAUGUUCGGUGGAUUCUUCAAAGACAAUGGAGGUAACUUUAUAUUUCUUUAUUUACUAAAAAAGAGCUUGUGCAUUAGUUUAUAGAUCUUAAAGCAAUGCACCCUCCAUGGCGCGACCCAUUGAGGGUCAGCGGCCCCCUUCCCCCCUGCAUGCAACCCCCAUAAAGAUUUUUUUUCUUGGCAGGUGUAGGUCUGCAUGUCAGUUGAACUUGCACAGUCUCACCAAGUUACAUGUCAGGUUAAACUUGCCCAGUCUCACCAAGUUACAUGUCAGGUUAAACUUGCACAGUCUCACCAAUUAAUGUUUUGAUAUUCUCUACUAGAUGGACGUCAUGCUCAGGUGGCUCAACUUUAUCAUCGAGUUUCGCAGUCAGUCCGUCAAAGCCAGGCACUGGAGGCAGAUAGAGGAAGUUCUUGGGGUCGAGUUUGGGGAUGCACUGCCAUUGACACUGGCCAGCCUCAUGUCCAUCAGGGCCAUUGAGAAACAGAAGAACCUGCAUGUCAUACUGAACAAGGCCAGGGCAGAGUCCAAUGUACAGAAUGAAUAUGAUGAGGUGAAGGCCUUUUUAAAAAAAUUACAUGUCAGCAUUGGGUUAGUCUGUGACUGACCUGUCACAUUCUGGGUAGUCUGUGACUGACCUGUCACAUUCUGGGCAGUCUGUGACUGAUCUAUCUGUUUCUGUGUAGUCUGUGACUGACAUAUCUGUUUCUGGGUAGUCUGUGAUUGACCAAUCUGUCUGGGUUUUUUUCUGGUCUUUGGUUGUCAUGUCAUAAUGAAUAUUUGGUCUAACAAGAAUAUAGUAGGUACCCUUUUGUGCUUGAGCCACAUACAGUGAGCAGCAUCUGAUUUCUUGAAUCUUAUUUAAUGAAACAUUUUAAUGAUUUCUAGCAGCUGCUGUUUCAAAUCUUUUUUUAAAAGCCAAAUGUUUACUAGAGACCAACGGAACAGAAUCAGACUAAAAAGAGACAAAUUAAACAUACUACCAAGAAACAGACUACCUAGAUGCAGGCUGUUCAGGCACAGACCACCCAGAAACAGACUAACCAGACACAGACUGGUCAGGCACAGAAUACGCAGAAACAGACUAACCAGACACAGACUGGUCAGGCACAGAAUACGCAGAAACAGACUAACUAGACACAGACUGGUCAGUCACCAACGAACUGGAGUCAGAAUAACCAGAGACAGACUAAAUAUUCACAGACUAACCAGAGACAGACUAACUAGACUAGAAGAUCACAGCAUCUGAUACCCUGAAUCUUAUUUAAUCAGAAUGAUUUCUACUAGCUGCUGUUUUUUCCUAUCUAUAUUUUCUUUAAAGGUUAUCUCUUCACUUGUUUUAACUCACUACACGAAAGUACACAUUUGCCUUUUAAAUGUUCCAUUUUCCUGUUUGUCAACACUGAAAAUAUUUUGACUGUCCAUUUUGCAGGUGUGUCAACACUGUAAAUAUUUUGACUGUCCAUUUUGCAGGUGUGUCAACAAUGUACAUCACUGACACUAACCGUCCAGUCCAAGCUUAAACCCCUGAUUGAAGGGGAGACUCCUGUUACCAUCCAUCUGCUUGGGGACACUUUUGAGGUGAGUCUAUGGAGAAACUUUUGAGGUGAGUCUAUGGAGACACUUUUGAGUUGAGUCUAUGGAGACACUUUUGAGGUGAGUCUAUGGAGACACUUUUGAGGUGAGUCUAUGGAGAAAAUUUUGAGGUGAUUCUAUGGAGAAACUUUUGAGGUGAGUCUAUGGAGACACUUUUGAGUUGAGUCUAUGGAGACACUUUUGAGUUGAGUCUAUGGCGGCACUUUUGAGUUGAGUCUAUGGAGACACUUUUGAGGUGAGUCUAUGGAGAAACUUUUGAGGUGAGUCUAUGGAGACACUUUUGAGGUGAGUCUAUGGAGACACUUUUGAGUUGAGUCUAUGGAGACACUUUUGAGGUGAUUCUAUGGAGAAACUUUUGAGUUGAGUCUAUGGAGACACUUUUGAGGUGAGUCUAUGGAGACACUUUUGAGUUCAGUCUAUGGAGACACUUUUGAGGUGAUUCUAUGGAGAAACUUUUGAGGUGAGUCUAUGGAGACACUUUUGAGGUGAGUCUAUGGCGGCACUUUUGAGGUGAAUGUAAGGCGACACUUUUGAGGUGAAUGUAUGGUGAAACUUUUGAGGUGAAUGUAUAGCUACAAUUUUUAGGUGAGUGUUUAGUGACACUUCCAGGUGAAUGUAUGGUGAUAGAUUUGAUGUGAAUGUAUGGUGACACUUUUGAGGUGAGUGUAUGGUGACACUUUUGAGGUGAGUGUAUGGUGACACUUUUGAGGUGAAUGUAUGGUGACACUUUUGAGGUGAAUGUAUGGUGACACCUUUGAGGUGAAUGUAUGGUGACACUUUUGAGGUGAGCGUAUAGCUACAAUUUUUAGGUGAGUGUUUAGUGACACUUCCAGGUGAGUGUAUAGCUACACAGUCAAGGUGUUUGUAUGGCGACACUUGGAAGGUGAGUGUGGAACAAACUUAGAAUUGAUGACCAUGAAAAGAAAAACUAAGUUAUGACUAGACCUGUUAGCUAUGGCUAGACAUGUGGGCUAUGGCUAAACCCGUAUGCUAUGUUUUAACCUGUGGGCUAUGUUAGAACUGUGUGGUUUGUUAGACAUGUAGUCUAUGAUUAGACAUGUAAUCUAUAACUAGGCCCUUGGGCUAUGUCUAGACAUGUGGGCUAUUGCUAGACAUGUAGGCUAUUGUUAGACAUUUGACCUAUGGUUAGAUCAGUGGGCUAUUGCUAGACAUGUGGGCUAUAGUGAGACCUGUGUGCUUUGGUUAGACAUGUGGGCUAUGGCUAGACCUGGGGGCUUGGGCUAGAAAUGUGGGUUAUGACUAGACUUUUGGACUAUGGUUAGACCUGUGGACUAUGGCUAGAAAUGUGGGCAAUGGCUAGAAAUGUGGGCAAUGGCUAGAUCUUUGGACUAUGGUUAGACUUGUGGGCUAUGGCUAGACCUGUGGGCUAUGGCUAGACCUGUGGGCCUUGGCUAGACCUGUGGGCUAUGUCUAGACAUGAGGGCUAUGGUUAAACUUGUAAACCUUGGCUAGUCCUGUGGGCUAUGGCUAGACUCAUGGGCUAUGGUUAAACAUGUGAAAUAUGGCUAGACAUGUGGGCUAUGUUAGACCAGCACACAACAGCACUCAUCAAGAAAAUGACAGAACAAAAUUCAACUACUCUAGUUUCCAGGAUUAAGAUUGCCCCAUUGACUAUCUUGAGUGAUGAUUCCAGUGAUGUUUAGGAGAAGCAGUCCUUGUCCUUGAAACACUGGAAUGUCUUUUUGUGCUGACAACCAACACCCCCCCCCCCACCCAUUGAUUAAACUAGUCUGUGGAGUAUAAAACCGUUUUUGAGAGCUGAAAACUUCUCUGACUAACUUUGGGGUCAACAGGUCUGACUAACUUUGGGGUAAUCAGGUCUGACUAACUUUGGUGUAAAAAGGUCUGACUAACUUUGGGGUAAACAGGUCUGAACAUAUAAAAUGCGUUUUGAUUUGCAAUUUUAACAAAAUAAAUUUUUCUAUGAUCGGUUUGAUCUCUUUGUAUUAGAUUGAGGAGUCCCUGAACUACUGUGUUAUGGAGCUAGAGAGGAUUGAUCAGUCACCACACAGCAGCUUCCUUCAUGAUCCUCUUGAGCAGUUUGUUCAGAGGAUCUUUGAGACCUUGGAGAAUAUUGUCACUUGGGCAGAGAUGCAAAUGAAAAUCAGCAGGGUAGGUGCAUUGUGGCAGUGCAGGAUCUUGAUAGGACCCUAGCACUUUUAGUGCAGGAUCUUGAUAGGUUCUUAGCACUUCUAGUUACUUUUUUUUCUUCUUCUAUAUAUUAAGGGCCCACGAUCAAUUUAUUGAUCAUUUUGUCGCCUAUGCAUGUAGAGGGGAUUUGCAAAUUUUCUGUGCCUGGUGCUGAUGAGGAUAUUUCAAUGGUUACAAGUGUUACUUUGUGAAGGAAUCACGCAAUGGGGGUUGGAAGGCCUGAGGCAAUAGACACAAAUGUGUCUAGUGUUGUGGCCUCAACUGUUUCUUUUGAAAGCUUGUUCCAGUCCCUGAUUGUCUUUGGCAGGAAUGAGCAAUUCCUAUACUGGCUUCUUGCAGGUAUGAGCCGGAAUUGCCUGUCAUGGCGUCAUCGCUGUCUAUGGGGAGAGGGACGAGUUUCUGUUUAAUACUGGAACAGUGGACCAGCCCAUUAUUUAUUUUGUCCAUCAUGGAGAGCCUGGAUUGUCAUCGUUCCUCCAAUGGUGACCAGCCUAGUGUUUCCAGCAUACUGCCAACACUAGAGUUAUUCCUGUAUCGGUUCAGGACAAAGCGAGCCGCCCAUCGCUGGACCGCCUCCAACCUGUCAAUGCUCUUCUGGGUAAAUGGGUCCCAGACUGAAGAUGCAUAAUCUAAAAUCGGACGGAUAAAGGCUUUAUAUGCUCUUUCUUUUACACAGGAGUUGCCAAUCUUUAGAUUUCGCCUUAAGAACCCUAGGGUCUUGUUUGCUUGGUGACAUACAUUGUUAAUAUGCUCGUCCCAGCGGACCUCUUUUUGAAUGGUAACACCCAGGUACUUUACUGAGGAAACUGUCUCAUGUAUAUGCAGUUCGUAUUGGUAGUGUAGAGGAGUACAACUUCUAGAGACUGAUAAUGUCUGGCACUUAGCAGGGUGAAAUUCCAUAUCCCAGCUCAUCUCCCACUCAGCUAACCGAUUGAGAUCUUGUUGUAGCUGGUCCUAGACAGAUCUGUUGGCGAUCAUCCUAUACACCGCUGUGUCAUCUGCGAACCGUCUUGCUUGGGGAUGUCAGUUUCUCAGCUAGGUCAUUUAUUUAUGCUAGGAACAAACAGGGGGCUAACACUGGUCCCAGGGGGAUCCCUGACGUCACAUUCACAAAGGAUGAGCUUGUACCGUCCACCACUACUGCUUAGCAUCGGUGGCUGAGGAAGCUAGAGAUCCAUGUUUUAGUGGUGCCUUGGAUCCCAUACAUCUGGAGUUUGUGUAGAAGCAAACUAUGAUUGACACAGUCAAAUGCCUUUGCGAAGUCCAUCACCAGCACGUCAGUUUGCUUGUGGUUCUUCAGAUUGGUCAUCAAGUCUUCUACAAAAUCAAGGAUCUGGGUCUCACAUGAUCUAUUGACUCGGAAGCCAUGUUGACAGUCAUUGAGUAUAUUUUGGCUUUCAAGAUGCUUCAUGACUGUGCUUACGAUUAUGUGCUCCAACAGUUUGCAGACCACGUUGUUGAGAGAUAUUGGACGAUAGUUGGCAGGGUCGGAAUGUUCCCCAUUCUUGUAGAUUGGAGUGACAUGCGCUGUUCUCCAGUCUGCUGGAACAUUUCUUGUGCACAGUGACGAUUGGAAGAGGAUUGUCAGGGUAGGAGCGAUUUCUUUGGCUACUUCUUUGAGCACUCGUGGUUUGAUGUUGUCAGGACCACAUGCUUUGUAGGGGUUAAUGGUUUUGAGGAGGGCAAGCAUACCCUGCUCUGAUAUCUGUAUAUCUUCCAUGACAGGGUAGGCUCUGUUCAUCAUUUUGGUCUUCAGAUGGAAUUCAGCCUCCGAGUACUCUUUACCGUCGCCAAAGGCCGACUGGAACUGCUGAUUGAGUACAUCAGCUUGUGUUUUUGGGUCAGAUGUCCAAUGGCCAUUCCAUCUCAGGGGGGAAACUCCAGCGUUUGAGGACUUUUGGUGCUUCACUUAGCUCCAGAAGCGCUUGUUUUUGAUACCUUUGGUCGGCAUGUCUUCCUCUGAGAAGAUGCCAUUCAGGUAGUUUAAAAAAGAUCUAGCCAAUAAGCGUUGGAUGGUUCGGCGGAGCCUCAGUACCUACUCUCUCCAUUCAACUGAGCAAUUUUUCUUUAUUUCUUUGUAUUGGUGGUCUCUCCAAUGGAUCUUGUACAGGAUCUUGAUAGGUUCUUAGCACUUCUAGUUCCUUCUAGUGCAGGAUCUUGAUAGGUUCUUAACACAUCUAGUUCCUUCUAGUGCAGUUUCUUGGUACCAUAAAUAGGAUCUUGUUAAUGUAGGUUUUGGUAGAUUGGCUUUUUCUAGUGAUGGUUCUUGGUAGUUGAAGUUCUUGAUAGAGCAGGUUAUCUUUUUUAGUGCAUGUUCUUGGUAGUUGAAGUUCUUGAUAGAGCAAGUUAUCUUUUUUAGUGCAGGUUCUUGGUAGUUGAAGUUCUUGAUAGAGCAAGUUAUCUUUUUUAGUGCAGGUUCUUGGUAGUUGAAGUUCUUGAUAGAGCAGGUUAUCUUUUUUACUGCAGGUUCUUGGUAGUUGAAGUUCUUGAUAGAGCAAGUUAUCUUUUUUAGUGCAGGUUCUUGGUAGUUGAAGUUCUUGAUAGAGCAGGUUAUCUUUUUUAGUGCAGGUUCUUGGUAGUUGAAGUUCUUGAUAGAGCAAGUUAUCUUUUUUAGUGCAGGUUCUUGGUAGUUGAAGUUCUUGAUAGAGCAGGUUAUCUUUUUUAGUGCAGGUUCUUGGUAGUUGAAGUUCUUGAUAGAGCAGGUUAUCUUUUUUAGUGCAGGUUCUUGGUAGUUGAAGUUCUUGAUAGAGCAGGUUAUCUUUUUUAGUGCAGGUUCUUGGUAGUUGAAGUUCUUGAUAGAGCAAGUUAUCUUUUUUAGUGCAGGUUCUUGGUAGUUGAAGUUCUUGAUAGAGCAAGUUAUCUUUUUUAGUGCAGGUUCUUGGUAGUUAAAGUUCUUGAUAGAGCAAGUUAUCUUUUUUAGUGCAGGUUCUUGGUAGUUGAAGUUCUUGAUAGAGCAGGUUAUCUUUUUUAGUGCAGGUUCUUCUUAGUUGAAGUUCUCUGUGUCAAAGGCAGGGCCUUUUUAAUUUAGGUUCUUGAUAGUGUACAUUCUUUGCAGGCAUGUGGCCGAGGGGCCUAUUUAUUCAGAUUUGUCAUGCACUAAGUCAAUGCCUUAGGUGUGUUACUUAUGUUUGUCUCAACAAUAGAGUUUUAGACAUAUACUUGUUGAACGUUGAGCCAUCACCACUUGCGUAAGCAUGUACCUUGACUACUUGGUUGCUUUUUCUUUUCUACAACAGCUGCGACGUCUGGUUAUCCGUCACCCAGAGCUGAGCCAAACCCUGCCGGAUGAUGUGAUCAAGUACAAGCAGAUCUACAUGGAUUACUCACACUUCAUGGAAACUGUGACCCCAAACCCAAGCGUGCUCCACUGGUGCACGUCUCCUGAUCUGCACCAAAUCCUGGAGGUCAGUGUGUUGUAGGUGGGGUUGUCAGAGGGUUGUAGGUGGGGUGUCAGAGGGUUGUAGGUGGGGUGUCAGAGGGUUGUAGGUGGGGUUGUCAGAGGGUUGUAUGUGGGGUUGUCAGAGGGAUGUAGGUGGGGUUGUCAGAAGGUUGAAGGUGGGGUUGUUAGAGGGUUGAAGGUGGGGUUAUCAGAGGGUUGCAGGUGGGGUUAUCAGAGGGUUGUAAGUGGGGUUGUCAGAGGUUUCAAAGAUUACCAUUUUGAAAAAACUCAAACGUUAAUAAAUUUUAUUCAUAUAUCUAAGGAUUUUUAUGAUGCUAUAAUAUUAUUUAUAUAUUAUUAUUUAUUAGUAUAUGAUUGAGAAAUUAUUCCAACAGCCGUAACUCAACAGGUAACUGCUUGUAGUAAAAUCUGGUGAGAUAUUUUGUGAGCCAUAACUUAAAAUGUUGAAAUAUAAAAAGUAAAUUUAAUAGCUGGUCAGCCGAAUUUGUUAGGGCGCCUUUCUAAAUUGUGAAUCCCCAAUUUGAUCCCCAAUUUUCAAUAUAAUUAUUUCAAUGAAAACGUGAGGCAACUUUUCAUCUUUUUAUAUUAUUUAUCUCCAUCACAGGCACAACACAAUGAUAUCAUCAACUUGUACAGAGCAUUUAAACGUGACAUAGAACUUCGUGGAGUUACGGACACGGGUGCCCCUCGCGACCAGCCUCAUUUUGGAAUUUAACCUUUAAAAAAGUCCUUGACAUGCCCGAUCGGUAUUGAAAUUUUACACUUCAAAUAUUGAAAAACCAAUUAAAACAAUUGGCUGCC